UCUCCGUCUCAGCCGUUCUCCUUCUUCAAGAAGCAGACCCACCUCCAUCAAAAAAUGUCUGCCGACUGCGGUCCACAGUUUGCUGUCCCAUCUGUUGCCUCCACCCCAAGAGUUGGCUUUGGAUCUGCAGGGCUCGGCUUGGGAAGUCUUGGCUGUGGAUAUGGAGGUCUUGGCUCUGGAUAUGGAGGACUUGGCUUUGCACAUGGAGGCCUUGGCCUUGCACAUGGAGGCCUAGGUUACGGUCUCGGCUAUGGGUAUGGCCCUGCUGUGGCUGAAACUUCUGGCAGUCUCGGAACCCUGGCUGGAGUCCACCCUUCCUGCAUCAACCAGAUCCCACCUGCAGAAGUCGUCAUCCAGCCACCUCCCACUGUCUUGACCAUCCCAGGACCCAUCCUCUCUGCUACUGGGGAACCAGUUUCUGUGGGAGGCAACACUCCAUGUGCCAUUAGUGGCACUGGGGUGGCAGGAGCAGGCUUCUAUGGGGGGCUAGGGAGCAAUUACGGAGGCUGGUGUUCUGGUUAUGGCCUGAGGGGGGGUUCAUUCCUUGGAAGAAGGGCUCUACUGGGACGUCGUGGCAGCAUCUGUUGAUCCCUCUAUUGAGCCUGAGGAGCAUUUCUUCAUGAUCCCGGUAAUUCACAGGAAUUGGAAGAUGAGCCCCAUUGAUGAGUUUGAAAAGCUAAGCUCACCGAGACAUCAGUGAACUCAAGCGCUUUUGCAUAACCAUUGGGGGUGUCCAUUGCUUUCCCUGAUUUCACUUUGUUUUCUGAACUCUGCAAGACCAAGAAAAUGCUCUCUUUGGUUUAUGUGCUUUGUCUGUUCACCUCCUCAUUUGUCUGUAAUGGUUUUUCUUGACUGCUUUUCCAAUUUCAUUAAAGGUCUUUCUGCAUUCUA